AUGUUCAGGUCACAGGGAAUAAAAAGAUGGACCAUGAAGAGGUUUUUAUGUUUCUCCAUAGGGACAGCAACUAUUAUUUACGCCAUACUCCUGAUACUCAUGUCCAUUCUGAUGCUAACACAUAUGUCGCACUACAACGAAGCGUUGUUCAUCGUCAUGUCAAUUUUGAACUGCAUUUGCUCGAUACUCAUAUUCAUCUCAGUUGCACACAAAAAUGCCUUUACAGCCUACAUAGCGUAUAAUGUGGUGGUGAUAAAUUACGUUGUGGAAGCAAUUGAGUGUUUAAUAUGCCUCUACAACACCUGCACGUCGCAUAGCAUCCAGUGGUACUACGACAAUUUCGAUUGGCACAGGAAAAUCAUUUUUAAUUACCUCAUUUAUUAUGGCAUACUUGAGAUGACUGUUCAUAUUUUUAUGUUCAUCAUGUCCUUCUUCGUUAUACAACUGGUUUGGAGUUUUUACCGAAUUUUGCAAGUGGGGGGGAACAUUUUUUCCUUUCAGAGGGCGGAAGACAUUGAGAAAAGCCUGCACGGGACGUACUACUACUCCUAUGGGACCAUACCGCAUAUGCAGCCUUACUGA